AUGGCGUGUGGAAAAUUCAGACGCUAUGAAAACAACAGAUUGAAGACUUUGGCUAGAUUGGCCAAUCAAAGAUUACAGGAAUUAAUGGAAGCAGAUGAGCUGAAGAAGAAGAACAGAAACAAAAGAAAAAUCAGGAGCAAUCCUGUAUUUAAAAUCCCCGACGACUUCGUCGAUUGGGAAGUAGAAUACGAAGAACAACAAGAACAAGAAGAAGAAGAAUAUUCCGAUCACAAGGCAUCGGCGGCGGCCAAGAGAAGGAAGACCCACAAUAAUAGUCCGAAGAAGAAAAAAGAAUCGAGCGGAGAAGGGUCGUCGUCGUCACAGCCACCGCCGUGUCCUCUGCCGGAAGAAUUCAAGGAGGUGAUAAGAAGAUUAGCGCAAGGAGGAAAACGUGUAACGGAGGAGAAGCUGGUUAUCGAAAAGGGAUUGUUCAAGACAGAUUUGGCUAAGGGAAACAACAGGCUGUCGAUCCCUUUCACGCAGGUUCUUGAUCAUACUUUCUUGACUGACGACGAGACUCACUUUCUUACAACACGCGACGGCAACAACAAGAUGAAUUUCAAAGAGGUCACGAUUAUCGAGCCCUCGUUGGAACUGGAGAAAGUGAAGCUGUGCAGAUGGGAUAUGAACAAGGCUAACGGCAAGAAUACGUCUUCAAAUUACGUAUUAAACGGAGCAUGGAGUAACGUUGCGCAGAGGAAUCAUCUCGAACCUGAUGAUGUGGUCCAGCUUUGGUCUUUUAGAAUCGAUCAAGAGUUGCACUUUGCUCUUGUCAAGCUCCCACAUAAUAAUAAUAAUUAGGUUUUCUUUUUUUAAUAUUAAUCUUGUGAUUUUGAAUAUUGGGUAUUAGGGUUUUCAUUAUUUGUUUAUUUUAUAGGUGAACGAUAAAUCCCGGUUAAGUCUGGUCUAUAAUAUGAUGAAAACGGCAACGUUUCGUAGUUUUAUCUGAUAUAAGUUUAUCGAUCAAGUUUUCCUUAGUUAUGUUCAGUUGGUAUAAAAUCUUAAUUUCUUCUU